AUGACUGUAGGGUUUGUUGAUGCAGGCAUUGGGAUGGCCGAAGAUGUCUUCUUGAUAUGCAUCUCUACGGUCGAGUUGCACAAGCUCAAGAUGACGCGCCACCAGCGGGUGUUUUUAUCUGCAGUUUUUGCCAUGGCAAUUUCUGCCAUGCUGGCCAGCGCAAUGGGGCUGAAGAAUCUGCUCAAGGUUUCAACAACAUAUGAUUCAACCUGGGAUAGCGUCGAUCUUGUGGUCUGGUCCACGAUUCAGCUGCUUCUGACGAUCCUGAUCGGAAGCCUUCCAGCAUUCGACCCAUGGGUCAGUAGGAUCACCUCCCGAUCAAGUGUGCCCUGCAACCAUCCUGAUGCUGUCAAGAACGGGAGCUCCAUACAGGCGACUACCAUAGUUGUGCAACAUGAAGAGAAGAAUGAGCAUGGCCGUCCGAGUAUGUCGGUGCACAACAUACCGCCUAGAUUCAGCGGAACCACCAAGACCGCAUCGUUUGCCAUGUCUGCAAUACCAUCCUUCCGCUCUAGCGAUUAUUGGGAAGUACGAGAAUCACCAUUGAUGAUACCAACUUCCAAGUUCCAGGACUCGGCUGUUGCAUUGCCACCUCCUACCUACUACAAGCGGUGGAGUCAACAACCAGACUCUCCAACAGAUCCAAAUGUGUUGGCAAAAUACACCAGUCUGUAUCUAACAAGGGUAGCAUCGGAAGACCUCGAAUCAAACUGCUCUCGAGAUACUUGGAUUCUUCGUGAUAGUUACUCCCAGAGAGGAGGGGAGCGGGUGAGCUCUAGACUCGCAAGGUACUGA